CCAACUCUCUUCCAUUUUCCUCCGCCUCUGGUUGUCAAGAAGAUGGCAGCUUCCAGGCAGGCAUGAGAGGAAAUACUUCUUCACAAAUCGAAUGAAUUUGGAUUAUUAUCGCAAGAUAAGACCACAUACACGUGUUUUUGCAACUACUACAUCGAAUUAGAAAUCAUGUCUGCCCCUGGCUCCGCGGUGUCUGGGACCACGGCGUCGGUUCUGCAGCCGCGGUGGAAACGGGUCCUCGGAUGGUCCGGUCCUGUUCCCCGGCCUAGACAUGGACAUAGAGCCGUUGCUAUAAAGGAGCUCAUGGUUGUGUUUGGCGGUGGAAAUGAAGGCAUUGUGGAUGAAUUACACGUAUACAACACCGCAACAAACCAGUGGUUUAUUCCAGCGGUCCGUGGCGAUAUACCACCAGGGUGUGCUGCAUAUGGUUUUGUGUGUGAUGGCACAAGAUUGCUGGUGUUUGGUGGAAUGGUAGAGUAUGGAAAAUACAGCAACGAUCUAUAUGAACUACAGGCCAGCAGAUGGGAAUGGAAAAAGUUGAAGGCCAAAAACCCAAAGAAUGGGCCACCCCCAUGUCCACGUCUGGGCCAUAGUUUUUCCUUGGUGGGCAAUAAAUGCUACUUGUUUGGUGGGUUAGCCAAUGACAGUGAGGACCCAAAAAACAACAUUCCCAGAUACCUAAACGACCUGUACACGCUUGAGCUUCGUGCAGGUUCCAAUGUGGUUGGAUGGGAUAUUCCAAUCACUUAUGGAGUUUUGCCACCUCCUCGAGAGAGCCACACUGCUGUGGUUUACACAGAAAAGACAAGCAGGAAAUCUCGGCUCAUAAUCUAUGGAGGGAUGAGUGGCUGUCGGCUUGGAGAUUUGUGGACCCUUGAUAUUGAUACUCUGACAUGGAACAAACCAUCAGUAAGUGGCACAGCACCACUUCCCAGAAGCCUUCACUCUGCUACCACCAUCACAAACAAGAUGUAUGUUUUUGGAGGAUGGGUUCCUUUGGUAAUGGAUGAUGUCAAAGUGGCCACACACGAGAAGGAGUGGAAGUGCACGAACACUCUUGCUUGCCUAAAUCUCGACUCCAUGUGUUGGGAAUCAGUGUUAAUGGAUACUCUUGAAGACAACAUCCCAAGGGCCCGCGCUGGCCAUUGUGCUGUGGCCAUCAAUUCCAGACUCUACGUUUGGAGUGGCCGUGAUGGUUACCGUAAAGCUUGGAACAACCAGGUCUGUUGUAAAGACCUCUGGUACCUGGAAACAGAGCGGCCACAUGCCCCUGCCAGGGUUCAGUUAGUCCGUGCCAACACAAACUCUUUGGAGGUGAGCUGGGGUGCAGUCUCCACUGCUGACACCUACUUACUGCAGCUGCAGAAGUAUGACAUCCCUGCAACUCCAGCUGCAGCCUCACCAGCAAUGAGUGCAACCCCGUCACAGCCUGUAAACUCUCCGAAGAGCCCUGCACCAGCUGCUGCAGCUCCUUCAGCACAGAGUCUACCACAGACAGCUGUCUUGAAGGUUGCAGCCCAACAGUCUACCACAGGAACAUCUGUUGUCACAGUCCGCCCCAGCCAGCCUGGGAAAUCCCCAGUCACUGUGACAUCCCUUCCUCCAGGUGUUCGCAUGGUUGUGCCUGCUCAGACCACACAAGGAUCGCCAAUCGGCAGUAGCCCUCAGAUGAGUGGCAUGGCAGCUUUAGCUGCAGCUGCUGCCGCGACACAAAAGAUCCCACCCUCCUCUGCAGGCACUGUGCUCAAUGUUCCUGCAGGUGCCACCAUUCUCAAAACGGUAGCUGUGUCCCCUGGCACAACCACAGUAAAAGUGGCCUCUCCAGUCAUGGUCAGCAACCCAGCCACUCGAAUGUUGAAAACAGCUGCUGCCCAAGUUGGUACAGCAACUGCAUCCUCUCCCGCCACCACCACCAGACCCAUCAUCACUGUGCACAAGUCUGGUGCAGUAACGGUGGCUCAGCAGGCCCAGGUGGUCACCACUGUGGUAGGAGGAGUAACAAAGACUAUCACUCUGGUCAAGAGUCCCCUCACCAUGGGCAGCAGUGGCACUCUGAUCUCCAACCUUGGCAAGAUGAUGUCUGUGGUACAAACAAAGCCAGUGCAGACAUCAGCUGUCACAGGCCAGGCCUCCACUAACCCUCUCACACAGAUCAUACAGACAAAGGGUCCCCUCCCAGCAGGAACUAUCCUGAAGUUGGUUACCUCUGCAGAUGGUAAACCUACAACCAUUAUUACCACUUCCCAGGCAGGAGGCACAGGAAACAAGCCCACUAUUCUCAACAUCAGCGGCGUCUCGCCUACCACCACUAAGCAGGGCACCACCAUCAUUAAGACCAUCCCCAUGUCAGCCAUUAUGACCCAACCAGGAGCUACAGGUGUGACGAGCAGUGCAGGAAUGAAAACACCAAUCACAAUCCUUACCACGAAGGUAAUGACGACCGGAACUGCUGGUAAAAUCAUCACCGCAGUGCCCAAACUUGCUACUGCAGCUGGCCAGCAGGGAUUGACACAGGUGGUUUUGAAGGGUGCUCCCGGGCAACCAGGGACUAUUUUGCGCACUGUGCCCAUGAGCACAGUGGGUGGUGUUCGACUUGUUACACCAGUGACCGUGUCUGCUGUUAAGCCCACUGUCACGACUCUGGUUGUCAAGGGGACUACUGGUGUCACCACUCUUGGGACAGUCACUGGUACAGUCUCUACUAGCCUGGCAGGAGCUACCGUGGACAGCUCCAAUGCUUCUCUAGUGACUCCUAUCACCACACUGGGAACCAUUGCUACCCUGUCCAGCCAGGUCAUUAACCCAACUGCCAUAACUGUGUCAGCCGCUCAGACCAGUCUGACCUCUGCCUCCACACUGCCCUCCUCAACAAUGACAGUACAGAACCAGCCCACACAGGUAACUCUGAUAACAACUCCAAGUGGAGUAGAAGCUCAGCCAGUGCAGGAUUUGCCAGUGUCCAUCUUGGCUUCACCAACCUCGGAGCAGCCUAGCUCCACUGAAGCUGCAGCUGGAGAAGGUUCUGGGACUGUCACUCUGGUAUGCUCCAAUCCACCCUGUGAGACCCACGAGACAGGAACCACCAACACGGCCACCACCUCCUCUGCCACCAUUGGAGCAGGACAGGUCUGCUCCAACCCGCCUUGUGAGACCCACGAGACAGGAACCACCAACACGGCCACCACCUCCUCUGCUACAAUUGGAGCAGGACAGGUCUGCUCCAACCCGCCUUGUGAGACCCACGAGACAGGAACCACCAACACGGCCACCACAUCCUCUGCUACAAUUGGAGCAGGUCAGGUCUGCUCUAAUCCACCAUGUGAGACCCAUGAAACGGGCACCACCAACACAGCCACAACUGCAUCUUCAAACAUGUCUGCACUGCGGAUGUGCUCCAACCCACCACGCGAGACCCAUGAAACUGGGACAACUAACACAGCGACUACAGCGUCCUCUAACAUGGGGGGCGUCCAGCAGGUGUGCUCCAACCCACCAUGUGAGACCCACGUGACCGGUACCACCAACACACCCACCCAGUCGUCAUCAAACAUGAGUGCAGACCAGACAAGCACAGUACAGAGAGUGUGCUCCAACCCGCCCUGUGAAACCCAUGAGACAGGAACCACAAACACCCCGUCCACAGCUACCUCCAGCAUGGGAGGUGACCAGACCAGUUCUGCUUCAGGCCUUGUCCAAAGAGUGUGCUCCAACCCACCCUGUGAAACACAUGAGACUGGAACCACCAACACAGCCACCACUGCAACCUGCAGUAUGGACACAGGUGAAGGCACAGCAGCCCAGCAGACAGAGGAGGGAGGAGAAGGUACCAGCAGCACAGAAGCAGCCUCUACUACUGCAGCAGCUGGCAUGGUCACCACCACCCAGGGCAGGGCCAUCACUACUGUCACUCAGUCUACACCAGCACCUGGACCUUCAGUACCUUCGAUUUCCUCAAUCACAGAGGGUGUGAGUACUGCUGCAAGCUCUACUGAUGAACCAAUGCACACCGAUGAAGCAGCCUCAGCAGAAGCUGCACCAACAGAGGAGGGAGCUACAGCUAUGGAGACACAAGCGGAAGGAGAAGCAGCAACAGCUUUGAACCUGCCCUCGGAGCUGAUGUCUGAGGGUCAGGGAGCCACACUCAUGGUGACUGGACUGUCGGACGAAGAGCUGGCUGUGACGGCAGCGGCAGAGGCUGCUGCUCAGGCUGCAGCCACUGAAGAAGCCCAGGCCCUCGCUAUCCAGGCAGUCCUCCAGGCAGCUCAGCAAGCAGUUAUGAAUGAAGGUGAUUCUACUGGUGAGAGUCAGCAACCCACGAAUAUCCCCAUCAUGUUGACCCAGCAGGAGCUUGCAGCGCUGGUACAACAGCAGCAGCAGCUGCAGGAAGCGCAAGCUGCGGCCCAGCAGGCCACUGUGGACACAAGCUUACCCACUGAGGGCCUCGCUCCAGCCGAUAGCCUCAAUGAUCCGUCUGUUGAGAGCAAUGGCCACAACGAGAUGGCUGCUGCAGUCACUAGUGCUGUGGCCUCCUUGUUGCCACGUACCACUGCUGAGACACUUGCUCCAUCAAGUACAUUUGCACCAUCUGUAUCAGUGGCAAGUCCAGCCAAGCUUCAAGCAGCAGCCGCACUUGCAGAAGUCGCCAAUGGCAUUGAGGGAGAGAAGCCAGCUCCUCUGCCAGCCCCAGUGAAGCCGGUUGUGAAGAAGGAGAACCAAUGGUUUGAUGUUGGAAUUGUAAAAGUGACCAAUAUGGUUGUCACACAUUUCUAUGUGCCAGCAGACGACUCCCUAGGCGACGAUGACUCUGGUGUCAUACCCGACUAUAGCCAGAUGAAGAAAAUGGAGCUGCAGCCUGGAACGGCUUACAAGUUCCGUGUUGCUGGAAUCAAUGCUUGUGGUCGUGGUUCUUUCUCAGAGAUCUCUGCUUUCAAGACUUGUCUACCAGGCUUCCCAGGAGCACCAUGUGCCAUCAAAAUCAGCAAGAGCCCAGAUGGUGCCCAUCUGACAUGGGAACCACCAAAUGUGACAUCAGGGAAGAUCAUUGAGUAUUCCGUGUACCUGGCCAUCCAGAGUAACCAGACAGCUGAAGCUAAGGCCUCCACCCCGGCGCAGUUAGCCUUCAUGCGAGUGUACUGUGGACCCAACCCUUCUUGCUUGGUGCAGUCGUCCAGCCUCUCAAAUGCCCACAUCGACUACACAACUAAGCCAGCCAUCAUCUUCCGCAUUGCCGCCCGCAACGAGAAGGGUUAUGGUCCAGCCACUCAAGUUCGAUGGCUACAAGAAUCUGGCAAAGAUGCAGCCUCGGCAAAACCGGCCGCCAAAAGACCAGGCACCUCUCCUGAUACUAAGGCUACUGGUCCAAAGAAAGCAAGGACAGACCAGUGAGGUUGCCCAGAGUCUCCUCCCAGUCCUUUGUCCCCCCUUUUUUUUUUUUUUUUUUCCCUUUUUCUCCCCACUCGCUGUUCUUUUCUGAGGAAGAGUGACCGUCACCCUCCUCCUCAUCCUAAUUCUCAUCCUACCCUCCAGUCUCAGAUCAAGACCACAAUGGAAGCAGAACAACCAUAUGAAGCCAAGAUGAGAGUCAAUCUGAGAGAUGUUUCUGUAGAUAAACCCUCUUUUUUCUCCUCGUUAUGUUGGUCGUACUAUUUUUAGAACAACACAAACUUAGAAGCACAUUAUCUUUUUCAGUCACAUCCCCUUCAUCCUUUAACAUCUACUUUUGGCUUGUUUCAGUAGUUCAGCUCUAUAGAGAAGCAUUUCACCAACUGGGAGCCAGCCUAAGCGCAAUGUUACCUUUUUUUUUCUUCCUAUGUUUUGUGAAUCUUGGGGGGGAUGUAGAGAGAGACUACAAAAAAUGAUGUACAGUGUUGAAAAGGUUGUGGAGGCAUUAGUUAAGAUGAGAGGAAAAAUUGGUAUGGAAACAAAUAAAGCACUUGUCCUCAAUGAAAGAGGACAUAAUUUUUUUCCUUUUUUCUCUAAACAAAUUAAUUCAUUGAGAACCAAGUCUGUACAGUCAUCAUACUGGACUCCAGUCUCCUGGUAAAUGUCAUCACUGUGCGCUUUUUACCCCAAGAUGAGGACUGGUGGCCGACACUUCGAAGUGGACAGAAAACGAAUGACAAAGGAAGAGAUUUGUAGAGAUUGAAUGACAGACUUUGCUAGAACUGAGACUUGCAGCACACACAGAAAAAAAAAUCUUUCAAAAUCUUCCCAAAAAAUUAGCAAGCAAUGUCGCAAAAGAUCUUUUGUGUAGUUUAUUUUUGUAUUUUUUAAGCUUUUUUUUCUCCUGUGUGUAUGUGUAUGUUGUGUGCAUUUUUAAAAGAAAUAAUCAGUUUUUUUAACUGUUGUUCAUCCCCAUAGUUUGUGUUCAUGGGAAGUUGGAGUUGGGUGGCCAUGUUGAGCUUGCCACUAUAUUUUUAAACAAUCUUCAUUCAGUUGGUCGUAUGUUCUUGUUGUUAACAGAUGGUAUUGGAAGAGAGAAUGACUUUUGUAUUUGUUCCAAGUAGAACCACGGAGGUUAUAGGCCGGAGGAAAAUUUGAAGUGGACCCAGGGAGGAGAGUUUUUACUUUGUUUACUAUUCAAUGCUUGUCGUUUUGUUUGCCAAACAUGGAAUGAGGAAAAAUAACAUCCAGUCUCUUCAUACCUGUCCCCUUUAAUAUCCCCAUCAGUUUUCCUAUGCUUUUUAUGCUCAUGAAUGUGGUGUCUCACCUCUUCUUUAAUUUUUAGAAUGGCAAAUUAUAUUAGUAGAGCUAUUUUUCCCUAUCCUAUUGAUGUAUGUGAAUCCAUUUAAUAAAUUUUAAUUUUUUUUCUUUCACGGCUCUGUAUUUCCGACUACAGAUGGUGUGCAAGCUAACUGUGACAUGUAAAACCCGUAUGUCUUUGAAUGAGGAUGUCUUGGGAAGAGAGCUUACAUAGCCGGAGUGUACUCACUUGUAAAUUAGUUCGUUCAUAGAGCAAGAAUAAAACAAACAAAAAAAAAAAAACAUCUUGGCCUUUUAUAUAAUUACCUGUAACAAACUGUUUUUACAUGUUGGUCAUCUCUUGAUUGCCUUUUGUGUCUUUACUUAUAAAAGAAACAAAUAUAUAUACAAAUAUAUAUAUAUAUAUAGUCUCCCUGAUCCCUUUUGUCAAGCUGAUUCACUGUAGGAGUCUGAAUCACUGCUAGGUUCAUUACAAUCCAAUUAAAAGGGAGGAGGUUUCUGGCUGGACAUGAGUGUAUAUCUACUUUCUAAGGGCAGAUUCAGUUGUGAUGGUAAUGGCCAAGAAGGAAAACCGGAGCCAAGGUUUCCGCAUUUCCGGCCUCUUUGUGGCUCGCGCCUUGGUCUCCGUCUGUGGUUCCUCCUGAUUUCUUUCUAGAAACGAGCUUUCUCUUCAUAUGCAUUCAUAAUUUUGUGCGUGUCAGUGUGUCUGUUGAACAAUACUAGACAUGCAUGCAAAAGCAGUGUAUUUUAGUAGUGAUGCCUUAAGUUAGACCAUAAGCUGAAGGUUCUCAGAAAAGAAAAAAAAAAACAUUAAUAAGUUUGUUCCUCUCUCCAUGUGUUAUACAGUUGUGUCCUUUCCUUCCACAGUACCUUUGCUGGGUCACUAUUUUUGCACCCUCGUUAGAUAGGUCAUCAUCCGCAGUGCCGAGGUCUCUGAACUUUUCCCUCCCACGCUGGGACGAGUGCUGCUCAGCACUCACAGGUGUUGUGAGUUUCUCUCGGCUGUUUGCAGGUUAUCUGGAAAUGUCCUGUAUUUUCCAAUGUGUGUUUUUUGUACUGUAGGGAGUAAUGUAUCUUUUAUCAUCAAAAAAUAAACAUGUUAAACAUAAA